ACUCUUCCCAGCAAGGAGAUGAUGCUCAAGAUACUGGUCAUGUUUGUCGUUGGAACGAGCCGCUGGCCCUGUGCAGGUUUCCCGGUGUAUGACUACGACCUGUCCUCGCUGCGGGCCGCCCUGGGUGCCUCGGUGGCGGAGGUGAACUCGCGGGCGCUGGGCCCCUACCUGUUCCGGGCCACCCGAAGCGCCGUCAGAAGAGUUCAUGUCCUGGAGGAGAGCGGCGUGAGCAUGGACCUAGAGUUCAGCAUCCGCGAGACCACGUGCAGGAGGGGUUCUGGAGAAGACCCCACAACCUGUGACUUCCAAAGAGGCUACUACGUGCCGACAGCCUCUUGCAGAAGCACAGUGCGGAUGUCUGCCCAGCAGGUGCAGGACGUGUGGGUUCGCUGCCGCUGGUCCUCCAGCUCCGAGUCUGACAGCAGCGAAGAGAUGAUUUUUGGGGGUAUCUUAGGAUCCUCUACAUGGAGAAACAAUUAUCUACUUGGUCUCGGCCCUGAGAAACCCCGAAGCCAACCGUUUUACGAGCGGUCACUUGCCUUCACAGGCGUCCUGUGA